AUGCGAAACAACUUGGCGGGAGGGGACAAGCUAAUCACCAGCGUUUUUCAAGCUCGAGAUUGUUUCCUUGGUGGCAUUCCUGCUGCUGAGAAGAGAGGAAAAAGCAAGCAAGAGGGAUGGAAGGGAAAGCCAAAAAAGAAAAGGAACCCCAUCAACAUUUACACGCACUGCACACAUAUACACGCAACGAGAAAAAGAGAGAGAAAUACGCUCCCUACAUACUCCGUACAAACAAAACGGAGGAAGCUUGCAGCGGGAACCAGCAGGCUGCUUACUACAGAGUUACAUACACUGUAUAUCGGUUUGACCGACAGUCACUCCAUUUUGACGCCACGGAACUCUAUCAGGAUGCCUCCAUUGGACCACAGCGGGCUGCUUAAAACUCAGUCGACCAGAGAAGAAAAAGCAUUCAUAUUCAGGCUUCAGAGAUUUAUCGAGCUCUUCUCCGGAAUUAUAUCUCUCGCAAUAAAAAGGGGGCUGAAGCCAAGAGCAAUUUGGACGCGGCUUCUCGGAAGCCAGAUCUUGUUCUGCUUCUUCCUUUUCUUUUUACCACAUCGACUUUCAUCCCGACCGCCCGCUACCUUAUAA